AUGAAGGCAAAGCUAAUGGUGUUUAGUGCCGCCGUGGACCCAGCAGUAGAUCUACGACGUUUUCCUUCUUUUCAAAACGAAUAUUCUUCAAUUUCCUCACUUAAUUCUUAUGAGUGGUUAAGUGAAGGUUUAGAUGGACCCAUUCCGCCAUACCAAAAUGUCAUAGCGUGCGACAAAUCGAUUGAGCCGCCGCAGUCUAUGGCUUCAUUUGUAAUACUUACUGAAGUAAGUGAGGCUGUUUAUAAUGGGGCCGUCUACCGAGGCAAUGUUGAGCAACUUUCCCUUAAGGAGCUCUGCAAAGAUCCAGACAUUUUGUUGUCGACGGUUCAAGCUCAAUAUAGUCCUCACCGGGUCUUGCUUGAUUCCAGCACGGAGGAAAAUUUCCACCACCUCCGCACCAAGGCCUUCGGGCACGCCGUACUUCUGGAGUUAAGCACUCGGCAACUGUGUCCAAAGCAGUCCCAAUACGGGCUUAAGUUACGACUGGCCGAGGCUGAUCUAGCUCUGCAAAUUAUCGCUUCUAGUAUCAAUCUGGACCCACUUAUAUUAAGUGUCGUCCUUGGAAGGGCAGCAUCGGCACUGCCACACCCGAUGUGGCUACUCUGGGAUGAUUCGACUUCGGCUGCCCUCACCACGUCACCCUUAAUGGUUUGCAUUUUGGCUGGACCUCUUCCCACUGCCCUUCGCGAGACAUUAAAAGAUCUAGGAGAGUAG